AUACAUAAUUACAAAAAUCAUACAAAGACACAGAAGAGAGAAAUACAGAAUAGCAACUUUGAUAUUAUGACACGACAUGAGAUGAGUUAUAGCUGUCUUACCCCGAGGGCUCGCUCGCUGACUUCAUCUAGACCCUGAUGGUGUGUUAUCCCAGUUUUCCAGAGAGCACUUGAACGCAGCAUUGAUCCCCAGAGCCGGGCGCUGAGGAGCUGCGUGGGAUUCCAGUCCAGCCUCCACACACGCGUGUACAGAGUUUCUUUUUUUUUUUUUUUUUAGUAGUUGAACACAAACAGACGAACGACACCGAACUGUCGAGAAUGUGACAGCAUUUUUACUCCUUUUACUUUUUUUAAAUUUAAAUUGUAGAAACCUCGUCGCCAAACUUUGGCGCAUUUCUGUGUGCCUGCGCGACCGUGUGGACGAAGCCAUGGAGCCGAUAACAAAGUGGACGCAGAAGCAAGUCAUCGACUGGAUGAGAGGUUUGGACGACAACCUGCAGCAGUAUGUCAGCAACUUUGAGCGGGAGAAGAUCAGUGGAGAGCAGCUCCUGAAGAUAACGCAUCAAGACCUGGAGGAGCUCGGCGUGGCCAGGAUCGGACACCAGGAGCUGGUGCUGGAGGCCGUGGAUCUGCUCUGCGCUCUGAACUACGGGGUCGAGACGGACAACUUGAAGAAUCUGGUGGUGAGGAUGAGAGCCGCGGCCAGCAGCCUCCACGUGGCCACGUCGGGCCGCAGGAAGAGCCCCGCGUACGACGGCAGCAUCUCGCGCAAGCCGGCCAACGACUUCCUCACCUCCGUGGUCGAGCUGAUCGGCGCCGCGAAGAGCCUCCUGGCUUGGCUCGACAGGACGCCUCUCAUCGGGAUCAGUGACUUCACGGACACCAAGAACAAGAUCAUUCAACUCUGCCUGGAGCUCACCACCACGGUUCAACAGGACUGCAGCGUCUACGAGAUGGAGGAGAAGAUCCUGGAAGUUUCUAAGAUUUUGAACAGCAUCUGCGAUCAGACCGUGAGAACCACCUCUGACCCCCUGAUGAGCCAGUCGGCCUGCUUGGAGGAGGUCCAGCUGACCGAUAUCAAUCCGGGAGAGGGUCUGGGGAUGUACAUCAAGUCUACCUAUGAUGGGUUACAUGUCAUCACAGGAACUACAGAACAUUCCCCUGCAGACAUGACCAGAAAGAUCCACGCUGGAGACGAGGUGAUCCAGGUCAACCAGCAGACAGUGGUGGGCUGGCAGCUGAAAAACCUGGUUUUCAGACUGAGGGAGGACCCCAAAGGUGUGGUCCUCCUCCUUAAGAAGAGGCCCACGGGCAUAGCAGGUUUCACCCCCGCCCCCCUCAAGAACAUGCGCUGGAAGCCCCCAGCACAGCAGAACAACUCCUCCCCGGUCACGAUCCAGUCCCCCUGCGGCUCGGCGAACGGAUCGACCAAGAAGGAGAAGUCGGCCAUCCUCAACUUGUACAUCCCCCCUCCGCCUCCAAUGCCCUACACGCCACGAGAGGAGAGAGCAGACGCCUUCCGCAGCGUUAGCAAAAAACCCAAGGGCUCCGAGUCGCCCAACUCCUAUCUGGACCAGGAGAGCCGAAGGCGCUGCACCGUCGCAGACUGCGACAAGCUGAGCGGCGGCUGCCCCAUCGAGGCCAACGUGAUCCUGCCCAGGAUGCGGGAGCAGAAGUCCUCGCGCGCUAAGCCCCGCCCCCUCUCCAUGCCGGUGGACACCUGCCUCGGAGUGGUGGAUGCCUACGCCAAGCCCUGGAACCAGGGGAGGAAAGGUGAGGACCUCCUGUACAGGUACCUGAGCAACGAGAGGAUCCCCACCAUCGCAGAGGAGGUGCCCUCGGUGUCGCCGCCCUACAGGCCCGCGGGGGAACGUCAGCUGGUCCGGGUGGACCACAUCAGGGGCAGCCGCUACUACUCCAACUCCGACCUCCACAACAGCUCCACCAUCCCCUACCAGGAGGGCAUCAAAAAGGCCCCCGUCGGCCCCACCCCCAAGCGCCCCGCGGCAGAUCGCUCACUACUGGGAUCUGACUGGCACUCUAGCAGUGACUUCCUCAACCGGUAUAAUCAAACACAAAUACGAUCCUGGUCCUUCUCUCAGGCAGCUGCCUUCCCCAUAUCUGUGCCCCCGUCUAUGGCUGCCGAUGACUACAACCCUGUCUCCCUCCGCCACAAGUCCAAGAGGAAGACCCGAGGAGGCGAUGGCACGAUGAGCAGGAGACGGAUCUCGGUCAAAGAGCUCGGCGCCCCCGACCACCAGGGCUGGUUGUACAGGAAGAAAGAGAGCAAAGGCUUCCUGGCCAUCAAAUGGAAGAAGUACUGGUUCGUGCUGAAGAAGACGGCCCUCUACUGGUACACCAACCAGCUGGCGGAGAAGGCUGAAGGCUACAUGGACCUCACCAACUUCACCAUCGACAGAGCCAUCGAGUGCAAGAAGAAACAUGCCUUCAAAGCGUGCCACCCACACGUCAUGAUGUUUUACUUUGCUGCCGAGGGCCACGAGGAGAUGAACCUAUGGUUGAAUAAGCUCGGCCUGGCCUCCAUUAAAUACCAGCCAAUGGAUCCAAACGCCGCAGUCGAGUGUUACAGUGAAGCCAGUGACCACGAAGAAGCCGAGAGCACAGAGAUCCCCCCCCCACCGUACUGUGAACAAACCCUGCGGGACUCCGUGGACUCAUCCGGUCCGCCAGGGUCCUCCAAUCGGGAUACCCUCCCUCCCCCCUACUCGCCCGCGGCCCCCGGCGAAGCCAACGGCUCGCUCUCGUCGCCCGUCAGCACGAUGACGUCACAGAGCUCCGCCUCGUCGCUCGCCAAGCAGCGGCAGUCCUGGUUGGACCUGGUGUCGCAGGCGGCCCCUCCCGGCGCGGAGGCCGGGCCGGUGGUGGCGGCGGCGGCGGAGGCGGUGGCGUGCUCGGUUCAAGUGCACCUGCACAGACCGCCGCGGGAGGGGGCGGGACACGGGGAGGAGCCACAGGUGCUGGGGGACUCGUCUCAUUCGGGGCCUUCGGGGACGGGGUCCCCCGAAGAGAGCCCCGCGGCGCAGGGAGAGGCUCGGGUGGCGGUUUCGGGCGCUGGAAGCGAGGGGGAUGGUGUCAACGGCUCGGAUGAGAUGGAGAAGCUCUACAUUCACCUCAAAGAGGCCAGCCUCUCCCCAAUAGGAGAUCGGAAGCCAUCUACCAAGAGGGAAUUCAGGGCGUCCUUUGUCAAACGCUGUAAAAACCACGCUGUAAACGAUAAACUUCACCUCGUCAGGACUCUCAACAGCACGUUAAAGUCCAAAGAGGCGGACCUACAGGCGAUAGAUCAGGUGCUGUCGGAACCGGGGCUUACCUCAAGAAUGUUCAGAGAGUGGAAGGACAACAAUGUGCCUUUGGUGCAGGAGAUCUGUCUCAAACUGGACCAGCAGGUGGCAUCGGAGGCCACGGAAGCUGCAGCAUCAGUCAUUGCUGCUCCAGUGGUGGAGACCAGUUUAUAAAGACUCCUCCUGACUGGUUUUACUGGGUUUGGACUCGGGAAGGACUUCACAUAUUUCGGAGGCACGCACUGCUGUUUUCCAUUGAGACUACUGUUCUGUAUCAGCAGACGUUAAAUACUAAUAGACAAGUAACUGGAUCAAUGAAGAAGUGUUUUUUAAGUUCCUAAAUGUAUAUAAUGCAGGUAUUUACAUGAUUAGCAGAUCACAUUAAAAUGUGAAAUGUGUCAUAGUAUUACUUUUACUGUUGAAUUUGGAAUGAUAGCAAAUUUUACAAGUUUUUGUUUUUACCUUGUAAUUUCCAAGAACCUUUUCAUGUAAUGUUUUAAUAUUUGAAAUGAUGGCGUACAUUGUGAAAAUGGAGCCAUUGUUGUCUUUGCAGUAUGUUUUAUGCUUUGGUUUCAUCAGUAGUGAACCAAUUUGAAGUGUUACUGUUCAGUCAAUUACUGGUGCCAUGUACCAUCACUGCCUGAUACACAUGUUUUAUACAGCAACUCUUUCAAAUUAUUGGUAAAUGUUGUUUGCCCAAAUGAAAUUGUGUCAUCAUACUUGAAAGCUGAACACCAGGGUAUGUGCUAAUUGAAUAAAUGUUGGUCACGAGUCAUAAUUUCAGUUUUCAUUUUUUUUUAAAGUGGCUAAUGGCUACAUUUGCGUUCCACUUAACCGAAACAAACUAUUUUAAGAAUGGAGAAUUCCAACCUACUCAACAUUGACAGUACCAUGCAACUUAAUAUUGUAUUGCAAACCAAUGCUGUGUACAGUCUAUUGGGACUUUAGGCUGGGUGUAGUAUGAUUACUUAGCAUUUAAACACACGAUGCGUGGGGAGGGGG